CAGGCGGCGGGGAGCGAGGGGCACCUCACUUCUCUACCACGACGACCAUCACCUCCACCAGUCCAUCCAAUCCCUCAUUCCGUUGCCUUGCCUUGACUUGCCUCAUUCUUCCUCCAUUCAUCCUACGACACAUCCGCCCACCCGUCUGCGCACAUGCAGAGCUCCUUCAACACACAGAGCAGUCUCAACUCGGCGCCCCCCGGCCAGGGACCCUCGUCCGGGUUGCCCACGCAGCCUGGCAGACCGCACAUCGAUGCAAAGAAGAAGCUGGUAGUUGUGGGAGAUGGUGGAUGCGGCAAGACCUGCCUCUUGAUCGUCUACUCGGAGAAUCGCUUCCCAGAGACGUACAUUCCGACCGUCUUUGAGAACUAUGUACCCAUCGUACGCUUCGAGGGCAAGACGAUCGAGCUCGCGCUAUGGGACACAGCAGGACAGGAAGAGUACGAUAGGCUGCGACCAUUGAGCUAUCCGGAAAGCGAUAUCAUCCUCAUUUGCUUUGCAGUGGACUUCCCGACUAGUCUGGCGAAUGUGCAGGAUAAGUGGUACCCGGAGAUCAAUCACUUCUGCGAAGGAGUUCCAAUCCUCCUAGUCGGCCUCAAGACAGACUUGCGCAAUGACCCGCACUCCAACUCGAUGCUGUCAGCACAAGGUUUGCGCCCAGUCUCACCAGAGCAAGGAGCAGCAGUGGCAAAGGAGAUUGGAGCGGCCAGAUACGUCGAAUGUAGCGCGAGGACUAAGCAGGGAGUGCAGGAGGUAUUUGAUGCAGCGUUGCGGGAGGCAACCAAGAAGAGAUGGAGCAGGAGAAGAGGCGGAGGAGGCGCCGGCGGGGGUAGUGGGAAGGACAGGAAGUGCUUGAUCUUGUGAGCGGACAGGCGAGGGAAAGAGGGAAGGCGAGCAGGUUCUCGCAGCACCACUGGGUAAUCCGAACUGGGAUACCGACGAUCCAGAGGCGGUCAUGGUGAUGACUCUCCAUCUCCGCAGCUUUCGACCAGCAUUGUACGCCGCCACGCAAAUUCGUAGCCACGCAGCUUGUCAUCUUCAUCUACGAUCAUCAAUUUGCUUUGUACACCU